CUAAGUAGAAAGGACAGGGCGUGCUUUGUUAAUGCCACCGAUUCUUAAUCAUUAGUAUUAUUCUUUUCAAAUAAUUUUGUUCUCCCAACUUCCUCUUUCUCUCUUUUCAUUUUUUUCCCUUCGGCUUUUAUUUUUCCUCUUCUAUUUAUUUCUUCUCUCUUUUUAUUUCUUUCUAUACGUCCGUUUUCCUCCAUUUCUUUCUUUCUUUGAUUUUCUGAGGUCAAUACUUUCAGAUCCUAAAUGAUCGGUUUCUCUCUUUGAUAUCUUCUCCAAAAACGUUACAUUUUGUGAUUCUGCGCAGUUACUGUUGUUGAAACUGAAUAAAAAUAGCAUACGUAUCGCAGGGAAAUUCAGUUGUGGAAACUCUCGGAGAACUAUAAAUCAUAAUAGCUUAGGCUUUAAGAUAGGAAAAUGCAAAUUCUCAACUUUGGAUACUCUUCUAAGAUAAAUCAUAAUAGUUUAGGUAUUGAUAUAGGAAAAUGCUAGGAGGCAAUGAAGGUAAUCCUAUGCUGCCCAUUUGCAUGGAUGAGAAUGGUCUUCCAUAUCAGACUAAUGCAUCAAAUCAACUGCAGUUAUUUGGAAGAUUACCCGUUGGAUGUACUGUUGAUGUGGUGAAUUAUUUUGGAAAUGAGCAUUUAGCUCCCAUGGUUCCACCCAAUAAAAGAGGCCACGAAACAGAAGAUAUUCUGAGGCAACAGAAGCUACAAAUUUCAUUGAAUUAUAAAAUUUAUAAAGAGGAAGCUGACUGUUCAGCUAGCAUUCCUAAUCCACAUGCUAUAUCUACUGGCUUACGGCUAUCAUAUGAUGAUGAUGAGCGGAACUCAUCUGUGACUUCUGCUAGCAGAAGCAUGACACAUGGUCCGUUAAUGAUCUUGGCUCUCGGUGACAAUGUUACAACCGAACUUGAUCGUCAGAAAGAAGAAUUUGAUCAAUAUAUCAAAAUGCAGGAAGAGCACUUGACGAAGGGAAUAAGAGACAUCAAACAAAGACACGCGGCUUCUUUUCUUGCUGCUAUUGAGAAAGGUGUCAGCAAAAAGCUUAGGGAGAAAGACGUAGAACUAGAGACUCUGAAUCGCAAGAAUAGGGAACUGAUUGACAGGAUAAAGCAGGUGACUAUGGAAGCCCAGAAUUGGCACCAUAGAGCAAAAUACAAUGAGUCAGUCGUUAAUGUGUUGAAGAGCAACCUGGAGCAAGUAAUGUCACAGUCACAGGGUGGUGAGCAGCAGGGAAAGGAAGGUUUUGGAGAAAGUGAAGUCGAUGAUGCUGCCUCAUAUAUUGACCCCAACAACUUACUCAGCAUUCCUGAUGUUGGUGGUGCAAAAUGUGUUUCCGGGAAUCACCAUGGCAUGAUUUGCAGAGCUUGCAACGCAAAGGAGGUGUCCGUUUUGUUGAUGCCAUGUAGGCAUCUUUGCAUAUGUAAAGAUUGUGAUGUGCUAAUUAGUGUUUGUCCUGUCUGCGAGGUUAAGAAAACAGCUCAUGUCCAAGUUUACUUAUCAUAAACUGUGAAGCAAAUUACAGAUUAAAAGAAAAUGAGUAUAUAUAUACCCUCUUCAUUGUGAUGUGUUGCCUGUAUCUGCUUAUUCCUAACAGAUGUAUGAAAGUAAAGGAUUUGUUGAAA